CUCACACAAUCUCUUUCCCCUGAAGAGAAAAACAUUUGCUAUAGCUCUCUCUCUCUCUCUCUCUCUCUCUCUCUCUCUCGGAUACACACACACUCUCUCUCUAACUAACAAUCCAAUUUUAGUAUAUUUACAGUUCAAAUACAGUUGGAUUGGAUCUUUUUGCCUUUCCAAUACCCAAUUUAUAUAUUUGGUUUGUUUGCCUUUAGCCGGACUGCACGGCCUCAUUCAUAUUUUGCUUCUUUGAUUGAGAUUUCUUAUAAAGGAGAAGGGUUGCCCUUUUUUUUCCAUUUCUCCCAAGAAAUUUUCCCCAGAAAAAAUCUUAGAAAAAAAUGAUGUAUUUGGCUUCUUCUCGCACGGGCAGGCAGUUCCAACGCUACAAUAAUAGUGGAUGUCGUCUAGUUGUUGGAUGCAUUCCCUACAGAUUUAGAAAAACCAACCAAUCACAUGGGCCUGGUCAUAGGGAGGAAUUAGAAGUUCUUCUAAUCAGCUCACAGAAGGGUCAAACAUUAUUGUUCCCAAAGGGUGGUUGGGAAAGUGAUGAGUCUGUGGAAGAGGCAGCUUUAAGAGAGUCUUUAGAGGAAGCCGGUGUAGUCGGCAUUGUUGAACGUGAAUUGGGCAAAUGGAGAUUUAAAAGCAAAAGUCAAGGCAAAUUUCAUGAAGGAUACAUGUUCCCUUUGUUUGUGGAGGAGGAAUUAGAUGUUUGGCCAGAGAAAAAUGCUCGGCAAAGAAUAUGGAUGAGGGUUGAUGAAGCUAGAGAAGCAUGUGCACAUUGGUGGAUGAAGGAAGCUUUGGAUAUAUUAGUUGGUCGGCUAAUUCUUGCGCAACAAAAGGAGGGAGAAAACCGAACACCAUGUGCAUUAGAAUUUUUGAUGACAGAAGAGCAGAGAAUAGGGAUGAUGAUGGUAGCUCAAAAUGGAGAAGAAGAAGUUGAUUGUUGUCUUUAUUAGUUGGUGGAUGGAUGGUCAACCAACCCACAUCAUCAAGUGCGGUUCUUCCUCCCUUAUUGUUGGAAGCAAAGCAGCCAAGAGCAGAGAAUUAGAAAUAGAACUUAGUGAAGAUGUACAAUUAUAACCCCCAUUCUUUUAUUCAUUCAGGUCCUUUCUUUUUUCUUUUAUUUU